UUUUGGAGUACCUUAUUUCUUUAUUGUACAGUGCUAGUUUUUGCUAUGCAAUGCGUUAUGCAAUUUAUUUUAGGUUUCUAUACAUUACAAAAUCGUGCUCUUCAAUUACUUCACCUAAGCUAAGGCAACAGGCAGUACACGGGUGAGGGCUUUUUCUUUAUGAUCCGAGCGUUGUUGGUUCGAAUCCCACCUCUACCGUAGUGCCCUUGAUCGGUGUGCUCACUUUGAACUGAUGCACCAAAAAUACACUCCUGUAUAAAUGGUAAAAAUCGGUGUAAAGUUGAUACUCCGUCCGGCAGUGUUGCUCGCCUGGGACCGAGGAGUCCGACCGGCACUGGAGAGCGUCGCGGCACAGGCGCGUUCCAGGGAGUGUUGAGGCUGCGACCGGCAGGGGGCAGCGCGCCUUCUCAGGUGCGCGCACGGCGGUGACGGCGGCGGCGGCGGUGGCUCGUUACCGAGCUCCACUCGCAAAAACGUGCGGAGACGCGGCGGAGCGCGGAGGUGGCUCGCGCCGUGCGCACACGCACACGGACAGAGAGAGCGAGGCGGACGCGCUCCGACGGCGGGAAACAGGAGGACUCCGGCUGGGAAAAGUGGAGGAACAGAGCCGAAAGUGUCCGGGAGAGCAAUGCGCUGGCAGCAUGGCCAAAUGGUUCAAGGAGCACCUGGGAUUCAAAACGAGCAAAGCGCCCCCUCCGGCUCCCCCGAAGCCCGACUACAGGCACUGCCACCCCGCUGUGCCCGGCGCGCCCGGCUUCCAGGCUCCGGGCUCCUCCGCCGGGGCGCCCGCCCUGUACCCGAGCCCGGCGCAGCCCGACAUCCUGGCCGCAUACAAACUGCAGAAGGAGCUCGACUUCGAGGACCCGUACACGGGCGCCGGCAACGCGGCGUUCUGCGGCGGCCUCGGGAGCGCCGGCGGCGCCGGGGGCUCUUCGUCUUCCGAGCUGAAGUACGUGUCUCCGAAGCACCGGCUCAUCAAGGUGGAGACGGUGGAGAAGAGCAGCCCGGCUCUGGCUCCGGCUCCGGCUCCAGCCCCGUCCCCGGCCGCGGGUCCGAGCCCUCCCGCUCCGGCUGCUGCCGAGCAGGACGCCAAGCAGGAGAAGUUAAUCAUCUUGGAGGACUAUGCUGAUCCCUUCGACGCCGAGCAAGCCGGGGGCACGCAGGCGCCCGCGGAGAAGGUUCCGGAGAAUGACGGCUACAUGGAGCCGUAUGAGGCGCAGAAGAUGAUGGCAGAGAUCCGAGGCGUGCGGGGCCCCAAGGACGGACCCCUGCGGCAGCUGCCCCUCUACGACACGCCUUACGAGCCGACGGAAGACGGCGGCGAGCCGGAGCCCGAGCCCCCCCGCUGUCCCAGGGAGAGCCGGCUGCCCCAGGACGACGAGCGGCCCCCCGAGGAGUACGAUCAGCCGUGGGAGUGGAAGAAGGACCGCAUCUCCAAGGCCUUUGCUGGUAUGACUGGAAGUGGAGCACUGAGCGGUGUUUGUGAGCUCCUGAACACCAGCCAUUCCUGUUGUUGUCCCCCCCGCAAUAAAUCCAGAGCAGGAAUGUCAUCGCAGGCCACUCGUAAGUUGGAGAUAAAGGUGAUCAAGGACCUGCCUUGGCCACCCCCCGUGGGGCAACUGGACAGCGCCCCUCCGCUGGUCGAGGAGGUGGAGGCCCCGGGUGCACCCGCACAAGCGGUGCCCGCGCAGCCCCCAUCCUCACCCGGACAGACCGCCUGUGACCAGCAUCAUCCCGUCCAGUUCGAGGGCCUGGAGAAGUCACGCAUGUCCCCCACCAAGGAGGGCAAGGUACGGCCACCCCAGCGCCACUCCAGCGGCUGUCUGGUCAACACAAAGCUGGGCUCGCUGGACCACUGCAACGUGGCUGUGGGCGAGCGCAUCGACCCCUCCAUGCCUCUCGAGAGCCAGUUCUGGUACCACGGAGCCAUCAGCCGCAUAGACGCCGAGUCGCUGCUGAGACUCUGCAAGGAGGCCAGCUACCUGGUCCGGAAUAGUGAGACCAGCAAGAAUGACUUCUCGCUGUCCCUCAAGAGCAGCCAGGGGUUCAUGCACAUGAAGCUCUCCCGAACCAAAGAUAACAAGUACAUUCUGGGCCAGAACAGCGGGCCCUUCGACAGCGUCCCGGAGAUCAUACACUUCUACUCCAGUCGCAAGUUGCCCAUCAAGGGGGCCGAGCACAUGUCCCUGCUGUACCCGGUGGCCAUCAGGACGCUAUAGUGCAAUUGUGUCGCAGUGGUCGUCAGAAAGAACCUCAGGAGAGGGCUCUGGAUUGAAGGUCAAAGGCCCGGGUGUUCUGGUCAUGGUGUCGAUCUGCGAGUCGCUCGCGUGAGCCUCCUAACCAGCUCCAGGAGACGCAGAGCAUCUCGGCCUUGUCUCUUUCCUUGGUUCUCUGCGUAGAGGGCCCUCCCCUGAACUCGGAACUGCGACCGACCUCCGUAUCCGUCGCUCUGAAAUGUCUCGUCACUGAUCUCUAAAGACCUGCGCCGGCUCCCCGUCCCCUCGGCGCUCGGACGAGGCUGCCCGUCUGAGGCGUCUCUCCGCCCCUCCUUCGCUCACCCGAUUCCUUAGGCGGGUUCUCUUUCGGAGAAAGGCCCGGAAGGCCCUGCUCAGAGCGCGCCGCGUCCGGAAGACCGAGAGCGCCACCUCCUGUGCGGAACGCCCUUCUCUUCCUUGUGUUCGCUUCUUCAAAGCGUGGAGAUCCCUGACAGCUCAGACCACGGCUGGGUUGACAGGGAUUUCGGAGUGAAUCCCAUUUAUCUUCCUUUCGUCGUUUUCAUCCAUGACGUGUGUGAAUGUCGGUAAUUGAGGGAGGGGGAGCUGAGUCUCCCUCCCAUUUUCAGCGCUCUCUCGGCAGCCAAUGAAAACAUGCUUCUCGCUCGUUUUCCUAAAAAAAAAAAAAAAAAAAAAAGUGUUCUCCCCAUUUUUCGAGCUCUUGGUGUUUGGCGUGUUUGUGCACAUACUUUUGGUAAUAACCAAAAAAAAA